AUGAUAGACUUUAACGUAGAGAAAGAUAGGAAGGAACGGCGGCGAGCGCGGAAGUGUGCCGGCCGUCGAGCUGCUUACCGGAAGGGGUGCGAAAAAGCGGGCAAGCUGCGCCGGAAGGGGUUAGCCCGGGCUUCUCGCGAAGGCCUCAAAAUUUCGGACGCGACGGCGGCCCUGGACCUACGUGCUCCGACGCCGGCCCAAUCCGAGUUUGGCUUGGACCAUCAUCAGCAACAGCAUCACCAUCAACAACAGCAGCAGCAGCAGCAACAACAACAGCAACAACAGCAGCAGCAGCAGCAGCAGCAGCAGCCGCAGCAGCAGCCGCAGCAGCAACAUCAACAGCAACAGGGCCAGAAUCCGGAGUCGCAUCAACACCAUCACCUUCAACAGCAUCAUCACCAUCAUCAGCAUCACCCCGGAAACUAUCUCCACUCUGGCGAUUCGGGGGGUGGGAUAGGAGGUGGAGGAGGUGGCGGUGGAGCCGGUGGAGGUGGCGGUGGCGGUGGCGGUGGCGGAACUGGCGGCGGUGCAAGUGGCGGUGGUGUUGCUGGUGUUGCUGGAGGUGGCACGGCCGGCCCUGAUCCCAAUAUAUUCGUCAAGAUCCAACUCCCCUGA